CAAGAAAUUCAAAUAUUCACCACUCAAGAUUUUUUUUCUUUCAAUAUUUCCCCUUUUAGCUACUUGCGUUAAUCCUCAAAGAUGGGUAUUCAACUGAUUGGAUUAUCUCACGCCAAGCAAAAGCUUCAAAGAAGCUUAUCAGCGAAAAUCGCAAGCCUCUUGGCCAUGUCGGGUACUAAUAAUGUUCCAAAGGGUCAUGUAGCCGUCUACGUGGGAGAGACUUACCAAAGGAAGAGAUUCGUGAUACCUAUAUCAUAUUUAAACCAUCCAUUGUUCCAAGGUUUGUUGAACCUCGCGGAAGAAGAGUUCGGGUUCGACCAUCCAAUGGGAGGUUUAACAAUCCCUUGCACUGAAGAUUACUUCACUUCUCUAGCUUCUAUUCUAAGUGGUUCAUGA